AUGAUUUUGUAUGACAAACAUCAAAGAUUGAUAUCUAGUGAAAAUUCAGUGGAUGAAAUUAAAACUUUUAUUUCAAGAAACAGUAGAUAUUACAUUGAAGUUCACUGCUUCGGGUGCCAACGGCUUAGCAUGAAGGGAGGCAAGAGUAUAUUUUUCAAUUUCAAGUCUGUUUACAAAGAGUAA